AUGGUCUCCAUCCUGUACUCUGAGCGGAUAUUUCCCAGGACGAAGCAGGACUCCGAGGAAACGAUAGCUCUCUCGCUUCUGGAUGCGACUACGGUUCAUUUUGCGCAUACCUGCUCGACCUGGCUGUGUGAAGCCCCCGAGACUGCCGCAGGACCUGAAUUUGACCUAGCAGACCAUCUGCGCCAGUCGCUCCGGGUGGUCUUAGAUGCCUACCCACAAUGGUGUGGCCGUAUUAAUGCUAUAACCACCCUCGACGGUGCAGCAGGGCCUCAUACGCAGCGUUUUGGCCGAGUUUAUGUACAGUAUGGGACCCCUCAAGACCCCGGGGUAGAGUUCAGAGUUGCCGAAACUACGGCCACUCUUGAUACUGUCUGUCCAGCCUUGAGAACAGUGGAUCAGCCUGUCUGGAACCGUCAGGAGAUACCACCAGAGAAGUUCGUUCCUUCAACGGCUCUGUCUAAUGCACUGCAGCCUGAUAUUCUAGACGAUGCUGGUCUCCUCCCGCCUUUGCUAGCUAUUCAGCUAACGAACUUAGCAUGUGGCGGCUUCAUUUUGACUGUCAAGAUCGUUCAUCCACUGGCAGAUAUUCAGUCUCUGGUGUACUUCGUAAAGGACUGGGCUAGUGUCAGUAGGUCGGUCCUCUCGAACACGCCAUGUCCAACCCUGAAUCCCCUGUUUGAGCCUGGGUUGCUAGACUCUUUAGCUGCAGGUGAUAUUGACGCUGUCGAGCCCGACAUGGCUAUUAUCCAAAGGGCCAAAAGUAUGCCUCUCCAUCGCUAUGACUGGUGGGCAUCUUCACCCAAUUCCCCUUGGCCCGUAAAGGUACCAGAGGCUUUAGCCGGCAAGAUGCUAUCUCCGGCUGGUAAACCGAUGCCGUGGUCGGAAUGGAACAUAACUGAGCCAGUCUCACACUAUGUUGUUCACCUCAAUCGGCAUCAAGUAGAAGCCAUACUGAAAGGAGCAACUUGUGGGCUUUCCCGGGAUAUGGGGCCAACUCGCAUCAGCCAGCACGAUGCUAUCCUAGCUCACGUCUGGUCGUGCAUCAAUCGUGCUCGCAAUCUAGAAGAAGACAGCCAGCCAGUGCAUUGCGAUCUUGUAUACGGGGUCCGGCCCGCAUUCAAACUUGAUAAGUCUUUCUUGGGCUCCCCGAUGCUUAUGAUCAAUGUAGAGAUGUCAUCGGCGGACGUGACGGCCGGAUCAAGGCCUUGCAAUAUACCCGCUCUCCAGUCGAUCGCACAACGCAUACGCCAGACGAUUGGAGAAGUCAGCCAACCAGAUCUUCUCGCUGCCCAUCUUCAUAGCGUGGCAUAUGAAGAGUCGCCGCAGCGGAUCUGGCAAGCGUUCCUAGGCCGGCGCCAUAUUCUGGUAACGAGCUGGGCGCGGGCGGGUCUCUAUGAGAUAGAUUUCGGGUUGGGGUCGUCCCCUAUAAUUCGGUAUGCAGAUAGCUUUAUCCCGGACAUGGAUGGAACUAUCGUGAUAAAGGAGGCACCUCCGCUAAAGAAGGAGGAUACCUCGGAUGGAAGCUUACCGAGUUCAUGGACUGCGAAUGGUGUGGAUAUUUCUCUCCGUCUUCGAUCUGAGGAUAUGGAUCGGUUGCUUAGUGAUUCUAUGCUCUUCCCGCAGAAUACGUCUAAUGAGUGA